AUUUUAUAAUAGCUUUUCUUAAUUCCAAUAUUAAUUAUUCAACGGUUAAUUAGUUGUUUAAACAAAUUCUUUAGGUAAGAGGGGCCGUUUGUCAUUCCUCGUUCCUGACAAAAAAACUGUCUUAUCUUCAACAGCUUUGGCACAGACGACCGUGACCUUGCUGUUAACUGUUUGGUUGAAAAUGUUCCCUUCUCUGUUCAAAAACGUCGAUUCCGUCCUCGCCAUACUGGAAAAGCAUGUCCAUUUCGACGAGGUGAAGGAGCUUUUGAGGAUCUACGAAGCGCAGAAACUACUCUACAAGGGUCCUUAUAAGAAGGAAAAACUCUUUAUUGUCUUGGAAGGCUUGGACGGAAGUGGUAAGUCGACUUUGGCGAAAAUUUUGACGGCAAAGUUAAAAGGGACGAUGAGAACGUCGCCUCCGCAGUGUUUGACCCGUCUUAGGGCGUUUUUUGACGGCCAGGAGCCUCCGCUCCGCCGGGCGUUUUACUCGCUCGGAAAUUACGUGUUGUCGUACGAGGCGGCGAGCGAGCUCGAGACGAGACACGUCAUCGUCGACCGUUUCUGGCACAGCACGGCGUCGUACGCGAUCGCCGAGAAUGACACCGUGGGCGGCCCGUACGACUGGCCGGAAGACCUUUUAAAACCGGACGUCGUAUUCUUUCUGGCCGUGAGCGAGCGUAUCAGGGCGGAGAGGAUGCGCUACAGGGUACUUACGGGCGAAGAAGGCAGGCUCAAAGACGACUCUCUUUUCCGCGAAAGAUUAUACAAUGCGUUCAUGGCGAUGAGAAACCCGGGCGUGAUGAAGAUCGACGGCGACCUGACGGUGAACAAAGUCACCGUUAAUAUCAUGGACGUUCUCAAGGCAAAAUACAACAUCGCUUUUUCUUAAAAACUUGUACUUUAUAUAUUUUAUUAUACUGUACUGUGUUUAUAUAUCGUUUUAC